GAGAUCUCAACGACUCUGUCUUCUUCUUCCUUUUGGCACUGAGUUUCCAUUACUGUAUUCUUUCCUUCCUCCUUUCCUUCCUUGUUUAUGCCAAUUUGUCUCUCUAUCCAUACAUUGAUCGAUUCUUUCUCAAACACUAACAAAAUUUCUGCGUUUAAACCCAAUCCCAUUUCUCUCUGUCUCCAUCUCGGCUCUUGCUCCUCAAGGUUGACGAGAUGGAGAGUUUGCCCACCACCUCCAAACCCGAAAGACGUCCUCGAUCCAAGCCUAUUCAUGCCUCCAAACCUUCUAUACUUCUCGCAUUCCUCUCAUGUCUUGCUUGGCUUUAUGUUGCUGGCAGGCUAUGGCAGGAUGCAGAAAAUAGGAAAUUACUGACUACUCUUUUACAGAAGAACGCAUCCCAGAGACCCGUGAUUUUAAGCGUUGAAGAUAAGCUGCAAGUCCUGGGUUGCAAAGAUUUGGAGAGAAGGAUUGUGGAAGUUGAGAUGGAUUUAACAUUAGCGAAGAGUCAAGGAUACCUGAAGAAUCAACUGCGACAAAGUGGAUCUUCUUCUGACCCUGGCCGUAAGCUCCUUGCUGUUAUCGGUGUUUAUACAGGAUUUGGAAGUCGACUGAGGCGCAAUGUAUUCAGAGGAUCCUGGAUGCCAAAAGGUGAUGCAUUGAAAAAGCUGGAGGAAAGAGGGGUGAUUAUACGCUUUGUUAUUGGUCGGAGUGCAAACCGAGGUGAUAGCUUAGACCGCAAUAUUGACAAGGAAAACCUUUCAACUAAGGACUUCUUGAUACUUGAAGGUCAUGAAGAAGCUGAUGAAGAGUUACCAAAGAAGGCCAAGUUCUUCUUCAGUACAGCAGUUCAAAAUUGGGAUGCACAAUUUUACGUGAAAGUCGAUGACAACAUCGACCUUGAUCUUGAGGGUUUAAUUGGGCUUCUUGAACAUCGUCGUGGUCAAGAUAGUACUUAUGUUGGAUGCAUGAAAUCUGGAGAUGUGAUUGCUGACGAAGGAAAGCAGUGGUAUGAACCUGAAUGGUGGAAGUUUGGAGAUGAGAAAUCGUACUUCCGGCAUGCGUCUGGUGCCCUUAUUAUCCUCUCCAAGAAUCUGGCUCAGUAUAUUAAUAUUAACAGUGCAUCGUUGAAAACUUAUGCACAUGACGAUAUAUCAGUGGGAUCAUGGAUGAUUGGUCUCCAGGCUACUCAUAUAGAUGAUAAUCGACUGUGCUGCAGUAGUAUUAGACAAGACAAGGUGUGCUCCGUGGUUUAAUAAACCCACAAUAACUGAGGGCGGUAGAUUAUCUGGACAUGCAGCAAAUUUUUCGGAGCUUACACAAUUCUUUUACUACAGUUUAAUGUGCCUGAGUUCACCUUCCAUCUGAGCUGACACCGGAGAAUCUCGACAUGUUCACUAGAUUUCUCUUUUCGGAUGCUGAGGUACACAGCAAAUUUUUUUUCUCGGGAUAAUAGUGACAGGUCGAUCGAACUGAAUGCCCUCUUGUUAAUAUUAGAAAGUAGAAAAUUAGUUUGAUACAUAUGAUGGAUAAUAUUGAAAUAUCACAGUUCUUUUUUCCCUUCUCCUUUCUCUUCCUCGUUAAUAUUUCUUUCUUCUUUCUGAAGAGAAAUUGCUGUCUUCAAAUAAAAUGUUAAAUUCAGCAAAGCGGUAUUUACAUUUA